UCAAAGAUUCUAAGAAAUCGGGAACUAGUGCAGACAGCGUGUAUACACCUCACGUAAAGUGGUUCCAAGAAAUGCACGCAUUUCUACAUUGUCUGGAUAAUAAAAGACCUACGCAAGAUAAUUUAGCGAUUGCAACUUCAACGCCAAAUGAGACCUCGGACGCUAGUGAUCAGGAUUCUCCUUCCGGAAAUGCUCAAGAUGGGGAAGCAAAAAUAAUGGCAAGUGGAUGCCAGAGUCACCCACAAAGCAUCGCUGCUUUUGAACUUCCAAAAAGUAAAAAAAGGAAAUCUAAUAUAGAACAAGUUUCUUCAGCAAUUCAUGAUCUGAAAAAAAUUGCAAAAGAUGUGAAUAAAGAACCUCUGGUGGAAAACGAAUUUCUGGUUUUUGGUAAAUGUGUAGCAGCACAGUUAAUGAAAUUAAGCACAGCUAGUGCUUUAUUGGCCCAAGAAAAAAUUCAAUCAGUUCUAACACAUUUUAGAAUCCAAGAACUUGAAAAAAUGUCUGGCACACCUUUGCGUCCUGUUCAAUCACUUCAUAGUUCUUUGUCUACAACGCCGAUAGCAUCACCAUCGCCUUCAUAUUCAGACACGCAUGAAUUCCAACCAUCAACAUCAUUUUCUUCACAUCAAUUUGGAGAACCAGGCAAAGAUCAUAAUACAAUGAUCUUUGAACCAGGUAUUAAUAGUUACAGUGAUAUUGUGGCACAGGCGAUAUCAGCUAUUCAGUAUAAUCCCUAACUUUUUGUACCUUCAUACACAUAUCAUAUUGUACAUCGUAUUGUAUCAUACAUACUUGUAACAAUAAAAAUAUAAAAUAAUA